AUGGCCCCUCAGACGAGAAACCAGACGGCAGACAAUCAGCAGACGAAACCUAAAGAACAGAAGACAAAGCAGCGAGAGAAGAAUGGCAUCCCGAAAAAAGGUGACUCUGACAAGACAACAGAAACCUUGACGAAAACCCUCGAGGCCGCAGUGAAUGCGUACGAAAAAGCAGAUGACGGCAAAAAAGCGGAAAUGCAGAAUCAAGUGAAUGUUCGUCAACCCCUUGAUGAGCCGGAUGCGAUGACCGUGGACGAUGAGAAGCCGCCAGUAGAGCAAAACGUGAAAAAAGAGCCUGAAGAGGGCAGCAUGUUCGUGUCAAUGACUACCGGCGACCUGAAUCUUCCGUCAGAGAAUGGCGAAAACUUGCCGUCAGACCAAAAGCCGUCGUCCGACACGGAGCAGGACCUAAAGCCGUCCAGUGACAACAACCACGAAAAGCGUCCAGCGCCGAAAGUCAGCUUCCAGUAUGGCUUGGCAACGCCCUCAGUAGAGGCAGAAGACGAACUGGACUUGGUACUAGCAAAUCCCGUGCGUGAGAUCUUCCACGACGGCGCUUCUGAAAACGUAGGCUUUGCAAGGCUCGCGUUUGGCCGUCCUUUCGACAUCGAAAGACAAGGGCCACCGAACGCCGCAAGGUUUAGAUUCAAGCAUCAUAACGAUGGGUACCUGGGCAAGAGUCUCGACGAUAUUUCGUACGGGACCGAAAGACAGCUCAACGGCGGAAAGCUUUAUCAGUGCGGUGACAUGUUGUCAAUCCAAGGUGUUGCCUGGCAACCUCUCAAAGGGAUCGACCACUACUCGUCACUUGCGCCCCGCAAUUGGAAACAGGGAAGCAGAACAGUACGGCCUCCGAUGCGUAUCAUGGUGAAAUGGCUAGUCAAGGGUGAGGACGGUAAGGCUGUGGAAGAUAUGAAUGGGCGGAGAGUAACGGCAACGAGAUGGGAAAAGCGUGAUGCUGUGUGGAGGUGCUGGGAAGACGAACGAGGCCAUGGAGGUGCCACAGUUCUGUGUGAGGAGGAGUUGAGACUGGGUGAAGCUGUCAUUGUGGAAAAGGGAGACACCGUCUCACUUUGUGACUUUGUGAUUCUCACUGCUGCCUAUCGAUGCGAGGAACGAUUCAAGGAAUGGCAAUCGAAGCAGCGACCGGGAAGAGACCGCUCUCCUACUCCUGGCCUGCCUCUGUUGAAUAACAACGAGAAGCAGCCGGGUAGUGGAGAAAGCUCCGAUGAGGCGCGGUCACCCCAGCAUGCAAACAUCCCCGAGGCUGAGGAUCCCGCUGGCACUACCCACUAA